AUGCGGCCCCGUCGCCUACCCCGUGGCCCCGGCGCCGCCCUUUCUCGGCCUCGACGCCGCCCUUCCCGACCCGGCCCAGCCUCUGCUGGCCCCAUCGCCUCCCUUGCGGCCCCGGCGCCGCCCUUUCCCGGCCCCGACACCUCCCUUCCCGGCCCCGGCCCAGCCCUUGCUGGCCCCGUCACCUACCUGCGGCCCCGGCGCUGCCCUUCCCGAGCCGCCUGGGCGCUGGAGGAGCUGGCGGGGGCGGUGGAGGCGGCGGUGGAGGCGGCGGAGGGAGUGGGGGUGGCGGUGGGGGUGGUGGCGGGGGUGGAGGUGUCGGUGGCAGCUGUGGAGGCGGAGGCGGCGGCGGUGGCGGUGGGAGCGGAGGUGGUGGCGGCAGUGGCGGCGGUGGAGGAGGCGGUGGCGGAGGCGGUGGAGCUGGUCGGGGUGGCGCUGCGCAGAGGGUCGGCUCCGGUGGUGGUCAGCGCCAGCAGCAACAGCAGCAGCAGCGCACUCGUGACAUCCCCCCCCCCUCAGCAGCUCUGUGAGUGGUACGCUGCACGCUGUCAGAAUAAUAUAUAA